GCCCAGUGUAUUCUACGACGCACGCCAGUUGUGAGACGUUAGUUUCAGGGGUGAACAAGUUAAGUUAUAGUCUACGCUUCCACAAAUCGCGUUCAGAGCCAAGAUCAUCAGAAUCUCUUUAAUCUUUGUGCAACAGGGGAAAUCUGAAGAUUUUUGAAGAGGAACAAGUUACUUGUCUAGUGACGCAGUUUACAGACAGAAAGAUGAUGGCAUCCACUGUUGAAAAGACGACACUUGCGAGACCACAUCUGAGCACUGUCAAGGCAAAACAGCAGAAAGAAGCAAUAAAACCACGGAUUUUUUCCUUCACUGCCGAGGACCUGUAUAAUUAUCUGCACCAGAAGACUGGAAAUGUUGAGACGAUUAAUAUUGAAGAGUGUAAGAACAAGAAACUGGAAGAAAACGGUACAGGAAUGGACAAGCCAUCCUCAUUUUGCAGGAUCUGUAACAAGAUUUACACAAUCCGCUGCCCUGUUCAUCCUCCUUCUAGCCAAUCAGAGCCGAGCGUUCCAGGGGACUUGAACAGCUACGCCAUGAAGUCGUUCCCAGAUGUAGUUCAGUUGUGUAAGUCCAGCAUUCCUGGCAAGAAAUAUGGAGUGUCCGCCAAACAACACAUACCGGUGGGAACGUGGAUUGGACCGUAUGAGGGGAAACGGAUUAAUCCAGAAGAUGUAAAACCCAAUAUGGACUCUUCCUUUUUGUGGGAGAUCUACAAAGAAGGCCAAAUUUUGUAUUAUCUCGAUGCAACGGACGAGAACUCGUCCAGCUGGAUGCGAUUCAUCAAAUGUGCCCGCCACAGAAGUGAGCAAAAUCUCUUCGCUUUCCAGUACUGUGCCAACAUUUACUACCGAGCAUUCAGGGAUAUUCCUAUAGGAACAGAGCUGCUUGUAUGGUACGAAGACAUCUACCCACAAUACUUUGGGAUUCCGAUGAGCAUUCAUGACUUGAAUUCAAUGGGGUCCAGGCCUUACCCGGUAAUGGCAACGACUAACACAGAUGGACAUCAGGUCUCCCCCAUUCCUCCUCCGACAAUAACAGCAGUAAAACAGGCCUCUCCUCAAUUACAAACAUCUUCUAAUAGGAAUACACCACUUGACUCGCCUCCUACAAGAACUGCGCAGACACCAAGGGCGACAGAAAGAGAGGUCCAUGUAAACAAACAGGCUCAAAAGGAAAACAUCAAGAGAAAACAUGAGGAAAGUAAUGGCAUCAACAAGAGGGCGAAAAUACAGAACAUGCCUAAGACUGACGGACCCAAGGAGAUGCUUAGAAAAUUGGAGGAAGCACGUCUCAAGGACAUUCAUGACAAGACGGAGUUGCCGUGUGAAUGGCCUCGUGUUGCUGAUGGGGAAUUCAUCUUGGAAAAUGGCGAGCCAAAGAUCUGGCAUUGUGGUCAAUGCGACAAGUCUUUCGCUCAGCGCAGCUUGCUUCAAAUGCACAUCUGCGCAAGGAAUCCAAACAGGCCUUACCAAUGUGGCCAUUGUUCGCAGGAGUUUGCGCAUCCAAACGAGCUGCGCACGCAUGCUGUCAUUCAUUCUGGGAAAAAACCAUUCAAGUGCGGAUUUUGCUCACGUACUUUCGCCGGAGCAACAACUCUUAACAAUCAUGUCCGAACACAUACAGGAGAAAGGCCUUUUACCUGCAACAAGUGCUACAAAACAUUUUCACAAGCAUCGCAGCUCAGCAAGCACAAGAGAUCUCUUUACGAAUGUUUCCCCAGAGACAAGUAUUGAUUCAUAACACAUCCGUGUUGUUCGUAUUACACAACAUUCUGUACAGAGGAAACUCACACUCUAAAUGUACUUUUAGCAGCACCGUCUUUCAAGAUAUUAUAGUUAUUGACAUUACCUAAAGGUUAUGCUUACGCUACGAUUUUCGCCUUUCAUACACACCGGAAUAUAAAUAAUUCGCUUGUGCAGUCAGCACUCAUUUAUUAGUUCAUAAUUUUUUUUAAAAUAUUACCUUUCCAAUUCUGUACAAAGACGAGCAAGUAAGUGAAACAAAGCCGAGGGAUUGAUUUUUUAGACAUCUAACUUCCUCGUAGGUUAAUUUACGAAAAUAAAUCUUUUUUUAUUCCAGCUCAUAAAAACCGUAGUGAGGUUGUGAGAAAGUCGGAGUCGCUUUUUAUUUUACUUAUUUCAUUGUCGCGAUGAGUUGUAUUCAAAAUACACCUGUACUUAAAAGUCCAAAGCAGUUGUAUAGAAAAACAAAUCUAGUCUAUAUUUAGAUGCUUACUUAGCACUUCGUUAUCAUGAUGACUGGACUAAACAGAAAAACAAAACGCUUGAGGAUCAUAUUGAUAGAGAGGAAUAACCGGACAUCAAGUUCAAAAAUAGAUAACAAAACUAUAUUUCUUAUCUUUACUCACCUUAGUAAAUAAUUAUCUAAUAUACUUAUAAAAGUAAACAUUUAAGAUUAAGGCAACUACUUAAAAGCGUUCAACAUAUAUCUUUAUAGACUUCAUCUUGUAAAUAGUCAUCGACAUUUUGUACAUUUACCAAACCUUUCAAAAAGGUACACUCAGAAUUUAAGCCAUUCGUUUUAGUAA